GGCUGCGGUCGCGCGGAGCCAGGAAUGCUGGAGGUGCGCGUGCGGAACCAGCGCAACACCUGGUGCGUAGGAACCAGAGCAGGAAGGCGCUACAUGAGGGGAUGUUAUCUGCCGUUUAAGAUGCACUUUUAGUCAGGCACCGCUUUUGUACGUCGUUAAUGUCACACACGUUUCCGGUUCGCGAGCACUUUUUUUUUUUUUUUUUUUGCGUGGCUGUUUAUUCUGUCGUGUCGGGGAACUCAGCGGGGGGUGUUGCAGCCAGUUGUUGUGGUGUACACGCGCUUGUUCUGGGUAGGACUGUUUCCAAGAAGAAAUGAUGGAGAAAUAAAUAAACGCAUGAUGUGUUUUUGCGACGCUUAUUUCCACCCAUGAAAUAAAUGCACGUGCAAUAGGCUGCUGUGCAAACAAUGUUUACGACGUUGGUACUAGUUGGUGCGCGACGAGUGUUCCGCGCGACGCGGCGCACCGGGCGCGAGCCGGCGCCGCAGCAGGAGUAGAUUUAAAAAGUGGCCGAGCCGCGUGCGCAUUGGCUCGCGUGUGGGCAGAUUGAUCGCUCAGCCUCCCGGAGGGCUCGCUCGCGCGCGCGCGCGCCGCUGGCGGAGGGGCUGCCGCCGUGCACGCAUAAAAAGUGGUCCCCAUGCAUGCGCUGCAUCUGUCGCUGGCUCGGGAAAGGGAGGAAUCCGAGGAAGGUUGUCCCCGAGACAAGUUUGCGGCGGAUCGGCGGAAGAUGGCGGAGCGCCGCGGCCGGACGCCGUGACGCCGGUGGUGAGAGCGAAACUUUGGGGCUCGUCGAGGAACAUCUGGAUGCGCGCCGCGGGACCCAUGCAGGCCAAGAAGCGCUAUCUGAUGCUAAUGCUGCUCUCCAGCGGCGCGUGCUUCGUCCUGCUCCUCUGCUUCGGGGGCGACCCGGCCGCCAGGCAGGGCAGGGUGAACCGGCGAGCCGUGCGCGGCAGCCCCCGCGGCGGGCGUCCCCGCGACCGCGCGCAGCCGUGGCCGCGCUUCUCGGACCCGCUGCAGCGCUUCGCUCCCGCCGCCCCCGCCGGCGACCGGCUGGAGACGGAGGAGGAGGAGGAGCGGAGCCGCCGGAGGCACGCGCAGCCCGACGGCGACGCGUCCGCGGGCGCGCGCUGCUCCAUGGACUCGUGCUUCGACUUCUCGGCGUGCGCGAGGUCGAGGAGCGGCUUUAAAGUGUACGUCUAUCCCAGGCACAAGGGCGAGAAGAUCUCGGAAAGUUAUCAGAAUGUACUGAGCGCCAUCGAGGGCUCCAGGUUCUACACGGCGGACCCGGCGGAGGCGUGCCUCUUCGUCCUGAGCCUGGACACGCUGGACCGGGACCAGCUGUCGCCCCAGUACGUCCACAACCUGAAGACCAAGGUGCAGAGUCAGCCCCUGUGGAACGGUGGCAGGAACCACCUGGUCUUCAACUUGUACUCCGGGACCUGGCCGGACUACGCGGAGGACCUGGGCUUCGACGCCGGCCGGGCCAUGGUGGCCAAGGCGAGCGUCGGCACCGAGAAGUUCCGGCCCAACUUCGACGUGUCCAUCCCGCUGUUCUCCAGGGAGCACCCCAGGACCGGAGGGGAGAGGGGCUCCUUGAGGUGCAACACCAUCCCGCCUUUCAGGAAAUACACGUUGGUGUUCAAGGGGAAGCGCUACCUCACCGGCAUCGGCUCGGACACCAGAAAUGCCCUGUACCACAUCCACAACGCCGAGGACAUGGUCCUUCUCACCACCUGCAAGCACGGCAAGGACUGGCAGAGACACAAGGACGAGCGCUGCGACUGGGACAACGCCGAGUACGACAGGUACGACUACAAAGAGAUGCUGCACAACUCCACUUUCUGCCUGGUGCCCCGGGGACGUCGGCUCGGCUCCUUCCGCUUCCUGGAGGCUCUGCAGGCGGCCUGCAUCCCUGUGGUUCUGAGCAAUGGCUGGGAGCUUCCGUUCUCUGAGAUCAUGGACUGGAACAUGGCUGCUGUCAUCGGGGACGAGAGGCUGCUUCUUCAGAUCCCCUCCAUCGUCCGGACCAUCCGCCCGGAGAAAAUCCUGGCUCUGCGGCAGCAGACGCAGUUCCUGUGGGAAGCCUACUUCUCCUCUGUGGAGAAGAUCGUACUGACCACCCUAGAGAUCGUCCGAGACCGGGUCCUCAGGCACGCGUCUCGCAGCAGCCUCAUGUGGAACAGGCUUCCCGGGGGGCUGUUUGCCCUGCCACAGUACUCCACCUACCUGGGAGACUUCCCCUUCUACUACGCCCAGCUGGGAACCAGACCCGAGCGCAGGUUCACCGCGGUCAUACACGUCGUCACGCCGCUCGUCUCCCAGUCUCAGCCCAUCCUGAAGCUCCUGGCUGCUGUUUCCAGAUCCCAGUACUGCGCUCAGAUCCUCAUCCUGUGGAACUGCAACAGGCCCCUCCCCCCCAAGCACCGCUGGCCUCCCACUGCUGUGCCGGUCACUGUCCUCGAGGGACAUGGGAAGGUGAUGAGCAGCCGCUUCCUGCCUUACGACACCAUCGCCACUGAUGCGGUGCUCAGCCUCGAUGAGGACACUGUGUUGUCCACCACGGAGGUGGAUUUUGCCUUCACCGUGUGGCUCAGUUUCCCAGAAAGGAUUGUGGGAUACCCGGCGCGCAGUCACUACUGGGACGCUAAUAAGGAGCGAUGGGGCUACACCUCUAAGUGGACCAAUGACUACUCCAUGGUUCUCACGGGAGCUGCUCUGUACCACAAAUAUUACCACUACUUAUACACCCAUUACCUGCCUGCAAGCCUGAAGAGCAUGGUGGACCAGCUGGUCAACUGUGAGGACAUCCUCAUGAACUUCUUGGUGUCUGCUGUCACCCGGCUGCCUCCCAUUAAAGUCACGCAGAAGAAGCAGUACAAGGAAACCAUGAUGGGACAGACCUCCCGAGCAUCUCGCUGGGCCGACCCGGAUCACUUUGCUCAGCGCCAGACCUGCAUGAACAAAUUUGCCGGCUGGUUUGGCUCCAUGCCCCUGGUCCACUCCCAGAUGAGGCUGGACCCGGUUCUGUUCAAGGACCAAGUCUCAAUUCUACGGAAGAAGUACAGGGACAUUGAGAGACCCUAAAAUACAGAGGACGGGGGGGACGACAAAUGCAAACAGGUGGAAAACUGGAAGAUCAGGGCUUGAGUGACUCGGGAUUUGACAGGUGGAGCUUUGUUUGUUUUACCAUCAGGAUCUUUAUUUUUCAUCACUACAAUAAACAGACAGCUGAGCCUCAACACAAAGUGUUCUGGCGGAAGUGUGGUAAAAAAGGAGGUAAUGCCUCCCUGUUCGCAGCAACUCUCUCUCUGUUUAGCUAUGCACGGUUAAUUCAAGAAGCUAUCAAUUCGCCAAAAAAAAAAAAAAAAAAAAAAACUCAGUUUGCUUUUUUCUCCCCUCCUCUUUUCUCACCCAAAGCCCUGAGUCUCCACAUGAGAAGCGAAAGCAGCCAGGUUUUUCCCACUGAGCCAAGACUCAGCUGUGCCUCCAACGUUUCAAAAAGGUUCCUUUUUUGAGAAUCCACAUAGAGCGAGCGGGGUUCUGCACGUGCACAGUUCUUGCCUUCGUGUUAGUUUUGUUUUUUUGUUAAUGAUCAAGUUAUUUGUAGGUUUUCUUUGUGUUCUGUGCAUUUUAGCUGAGUUUGGAGAGGUUGCUCUCCAAUACCACAUCUGCCCAUCAACCCUGACGCAACUGAAAGAGCGGAGACUGUGGGCCCUGGGACCCCCUCCUCCACGUACCUGUGGGCACCGUGUCUGUUUCAGCUUCCUCCAAGGAUCAUCAGACCUCUUGCUCUGCAGCGUCUGGGUUACGAUUUAAUGAGUGUUUCAUCUCCGCCCCACCACACCCGUUCCCAUUUAAAACGACUUUAAAACACCUUCGAUCUUCUCGCUUAAUUCUCCACAACACACCGUUAAAUAUGUUUUCUCGAUACAGGCACAUUGCAGCACUUCGUGUCUUACACGUAGAGCCUGAGUUAAGUAUCCCCCAUCUCGCUGCCAGGACCCCUGAGGGAUGGCCAAAUUAAUAUUUUGUCAUUGUCUUGUUUUUUUCCCUCUUUGUGGAAUUCAUUUCAAGGGACUGGUUUCAAGCAAGGACAACACUGUUAUUUGUUUGUAGUGAAUAAACAUAUAUUUUUCUAAAAGCAGGGCCUUUGCUAGUCUGUGCUCAAAUGUGUUGAGUGUCUGAUGGCUCGGCGGCCUUCUGUGCAAGUGGCUCUUUUUUGAAGUGGUGCGAUCCAGGUUUUAACCAGCAGUGAGCCAAGUUUACGUCUACACGCGCACUUUUAUCAUUCUUUGUCGUCUUUUCAGACAUCCGACGCACCUCUUUUGAUUUACGCCAUAAAUAUCCCCAAAGAAGGACAUACUACAAUUUAUAAGCUGACAUGUUAUUGUCAGAUUCUUGCAAAAAAAAAAAAAAGGCUCAGCACUCACAAUCUUGUUUCACACAAUGUACGUGACGAGCGAAGUGACAGAUUGAGCUAUGAUCUAACAAUCUCCUUACAUAACAGACAAACUGCUUUAAAUUUUAUGAGUAAUGGG